AGUCAAAAUGACUACCUCAGGCAAUGGCUGCCAAGGCAGGAAUCAUAUCUACAUCACCUCCUCGAUCGAGAAGCUCCACCCGAAGACAGGAGAUGCAUCAUCUGCCAACAGGAUGGGGUGUACAAAUGUCAAGAUUGUCUUGGCGAGCCACUUUAUUGCACGGGCUGUUGCAGGAGUCAACAUCGUAGCAAUCCUUUCCACUGGAUCAGUCAAUGGAAUGGGCGAUUCUUUGAGCGGAGUUGUCUAGCUCAUGUGGGACUCAUUAUAUACCUUGGCCAUGAUGGCAAACAAUGUCCGGCGGUCACCGAUCGGUGGGAUUUGUUUGAAGAAGAUGAACCCGAAGACCUGCUCGAGCCUGAAGAUCUGCCAUUUGUGUCCGGACCCGAGUUCCAGCCAAAGGAAAACACCAUGGUCAUCGUGGACAAGUCCGGAGUUCAUCGCCUGGAGGUUCGAUGCUGUGAAUGUCCGAAUGCCAUGAGUCCGGACAUUCAAAUGUUUCGACACAGAUUUUUCCCUGCAUCUUUUAACAGGCCAAAGACUGUGUUCACCUUCAGAGUGCUCAAUGAUUUUCUACUGGACAGCCUUGAAUGCGGCACCUCGGCGAUGAACUAUUACAGCAAGCUCCGGCGAAUGACCUCCAGCAUGUUUCCACACCUUGUUCCGGACCGAUACAGAGAGCUCAUGAGGGUCGCUCGACAGUGGAGGCAGUUGAAGACAAUGAAAUGGCAUGGCUUCGGCCAUCGUUCUGAUAACCCGAGCACAGGAGAACUUGCAUUAUUUUGCCCGGCAUGUCCUCAGCCUUGGAUUAAUGUGCUGUUGUCAGAGGAUGAAUCUCUUGAUGAGGAUCCAAGCUGGAAAUACACCCGGUCAUUUGUGAUGGACGGAAAUUUCAAAGCCGAACAUCUGCAUCCCAUUAAGCCAUUCGAUGAAGUUUGGCUGUCCGAUGGGCUUGGAUUCAUGGUAGGAAAUGACAGGUAUAAAAUGCACCUGGCAGAGGCUGCUGACACAGUGGAAAAAUCAAGCUGCAACAAUCACCGGGCAGUAAAUCAAGCUAAUGCUGCUCGGCACAAGCUGGAGUCCACCGGUAUCGGGGGAGUUGCCUGUGCCAGACACGGUUGCUUUGUCCCUCACUCCAUGGUGGAUUUUCAGAAAGGCGAAAGGCAAGCCACAUCCACCAUUCCCCAUUCACGAGUUAACCAUGGACAAAUGAACAUGGACUAUGCCCUUUGCGAGGCUUCCCGGCACAACAUGGAAGGCAUCACCAGGGCUGUCACCUUCUAUGAUAUUAAUUGUCAAUACAACAAACACUUUCGGGUUCGGGUGGAUCGAAGUCGAUUUCUAGAAAUGGCACCACAACUAACCAUCAUUCCCGGAAUUGGGUUGUGGCACGUUCAUGGCCAUCAGGACAGCUGCUAUGUCCGAUAUGCUUCUAACUUUAUUGAAGGCAUUGGUCGGAUCGAUGGAGAGAUCAUGGAGACGCUAUGGGCACGGCUCAAUUUGAUCUCCCCUGCUGCUCGGGGAAUGUCAUCUCCCCACCGAAAGGAAUGCCUUGAUUAUCAGAUGAAUGACUCCAAUUUCUGCAAGAUGAUUCGCAUGAAAAGGACUCUAUGCCGGAAAUACAAACUGGCUAGGAAUGGUAUCUUAGAAAGUGGAAAGGCAUUCGACAGACUCGAUGAAGCAGCACCCUCACAUUUGAAGACAGAAUGG